AUGUUAUUUAGUUCAGAGUUAUUUUCUCGAAAGUCUUCGUCAGUGACUCAUUUGAUUCUAUUAUUCUUUACUAUAUAUUCUAUUCCGAUUAAAUUAAUUCAUGGGAGUUGUGAACCAGCUCAAUUUGUAAUUAUAUGUACCAAUGAAUUCCCAUCAAGUUCAUUUCUAAAUAAUUUAACUGGUAAAUAUGAAUUGAUUAUACAAAGUGUAAAAACUAAACUAGACGUUAAAUCAUUUGAAAAAUAUCAAGGUGCACAGAUUAAACGUUUACAAAUCGAAAAAUCCACGAUUUAUUCAAUUGAACCGAAAUUUUUUAAUAUAUUUAGUCGUAAUAGUCUAGAACGUUUAUCAUUGAGUAAUGUCGAUGGUCCGUAUCGUUUGGAUGAUCAAUCUUUAGCUGGUCUAAGUGAAAAAUUAAAUACAUUGCGCAUUAAUGAUCAUGCAUUAGAUAACAUUGAUGAUUUUGUUAUAUUAAAUAAAUUAACACGAUUAUAUCUUGUUCGAACACAUUUAACACAAUUACCAAAUAAUUUUAAACAAUUGUUAACACAUUUAGAAGACAUUAACUUAUCUGAAAACUUAUUAACUUAUAUACCAUGGAAAGAACUAGCUGAACGUAUACAAAAUGAUCAAUUUUUAAAAAUUCAACUAGGUAAAAAUUUAUGGAAUUGCGAUUGUAGUGUAAAACCAUUAAUCGAAUUGAAACCCGAAGCGAAAGCUAAAAUUUAUGAAUUUCGUUUUGAUGAUAUAUGUAAAGAAGAAUUAAGUCAAUCAGUGAUACCAUCGGAAGAUUUAUCAUCAAACUAUAAUAUCGGUGUAUUCGAUCAGUAUCAACCAACUGGACAAGACAAUAGUAAUCAACAACAAAAUGGCGAUUUCGGUGAAAUAUCUGGUCGUCAUGAUUUGAAACCAGUCAAUGCAGAUGGUAAUGAACAACAAUUGGCCACUGCUGGUAGUAGUGGUAUUUCCACUGAAAUGAUCAUUGUAAUUUGUGUUGUCAUAGCAUGUAUUAUUGUUAUCAUUAUAAGUUUAAUUGUUUAUUCGUCACGUAAACGUGCACAACGUAGAAAACAACAAGAGAGAAAUCUUGGUGUUUCACAUAAAACAAAUUCAUAUUGUGCUGUCAUUGAACAUAAUCCAUCAAGUCGUACACCAAGUGAAAAACAAGCCACUUCUCAAUCACCAUAUAAUAAUUAUUCUCGUGGUAUUUCACAGCCAGAGAAGGAACCUUUAGCUCAUGGUUAUGGUAAUUAUCGAGAUGGACGUUUGUAA